AUGAUAAAAGGCGAAGAGAUGGGCAACCAUUACUGGGAACACGACUCCCGGUUCCGGUGCGUUAAAAUCACCUUGAUAGUGAUUCACACGUUGGCCAUUAUAUUUCUCGUCAUCGCCACUGUCCUAUUCUUUGCCGCACUAAACGUGGUAAUGGACGCCGAAAAAAAAAUGGUUGGCACGUUUAUGGGCGUAUUCUUGGCGGUGUGUCUGAUCCUCGAGAUCAUUGCGCUAAUAGGCAUAAUCAAGGAGAACAAAACAAUCGUGUUUGUUUACGCGGCGCUGGGCAUUAUUGGCACUAUUAAUAACCUGGUGAACGGCAUUAUUACCGGCCUAUUCAGCGCCGUUACGGUCGGUCUGACCGCAUAUUAUGGUUAUAUGAUUGUCAAACGCGAUCGCGGAAUGGUUUAAACCGUCCCAUGUUUUAAUUAUGUUAUAUUUUAAUAGUUUAGAUGCUUUCAUAUAUUGUAUUGCUCCCAAUAGUUGAUUGUGG